AAAUAAAAAAUUAUUCAUACGUGGCGUUUCAAGGUAUCUUAAACCUGCUGCAUCAAAUUUCCAAAAAUUAAACUAGUGAACAGAAAAUGAUUUACGCGAAUAUUUUUUAUUGUCUACUCAUUGCACAACUGACAUAUACAAUUCCGGCCAAGAAUGUGAAGGAUACAUUUCUUAAACUAUGUAAAGAAAAAGGAAUGACAUUUACUGCUGUUUAUGGUGGUUGCAUUGUUAAAUGUGUCGACAGCAAAUAUGAAAUCAUCGAUUUGAAAGCUAAUAAUUCUCAUUCUGCUGACUCAAUGAUACCGUCUAUAAAUGUGACCCUUGCAAAUGGUGCGCCUUGCCCUAAUAAUGGACUCUGUCAAAAAGGAAUCUGCGUAAAUAAAGCCACUGUCAAUGGUAGUACUAUCAAUUCUUUUACUACCACCAAUGUUACUUAUACCAUUGCUAGUGCAACUUCUAUAAAAGCUAGUAAAUAAAAAGCUAAAUAAAUUAAACAAAUGUUUUAUCAACAUGCCCAAAAAAAAGGUGCUGUAUUUUUUAAACCAACUCAUGUUCGUUUAUGAUUCAAUAAAUUCUUUGUUUUAAUGUAA